ACUACUACUACUACUACUACUACAUUGAAACAGAUUUUAUUCAUAUAGAAGAUACGUAACAACAUAUAAAUAUACAUUUGCAUUUACCGGGUGUGAGGGCGGGAAAACAAAAAAAGAAGAGAAACUAUUCAUUUUGCAAGUACUUACUUUCUUGUUUAUUUUUAUUGAUCGAUCUAUUUAUCAAAUUAUACGCACAAAUUAUUUAGAAAUUAUGAAUAAAACAAAUUCACUUAUGGCACAAAAUCAUUUACAAACAGAAUUCGAAUUACAAACACCAUGCAUUUCUAACUUUUUAGAUUAUGAUUUGUCUCCAAGUGAAUUACAUAAUCAUCAUCAUCAUCAUCAUCAGAAUAAUAAUUUGUUAGAAGGGGGAGAACAAUGUCAAGAGAUAAAUAAACAAUCUCGACAACAGCACCACCACCCCCAACAACAACAACAACACCCACAAUACCAGUCAAAUCAUAAUAUACAUCAUCAGCAUCAUCAUCAUCAUCAACAACAACAACAACAACAACAAUACAAUGAUAUUCAUUAUUUCAAUUCUCAUCUAUCUAAUUAUCAACAGAAUCAACAUUUAUAUGGAAAUAAUUUUAUAAAUUCAACAAUCAAUACAAAUAUUAAUGAUGUAACAAUGUCAAUAAUGAAAAAAAUUGGCAAUGAUCAGUAUUUUUCAUCUGAAUUACAAACCCCAGUCAAUUCAACUUCUAAUUUAGGUAAACGACAAACAUUUCAUGAUAUUAAAGAAUUAUUAUUCGAUAUUUAUCAUGGGGAAAAUGAUGUAUCUUCUAUGCAUAAAAGUAAUGAUAAUACUAUUUCAACUGUAUCACACUAUUCAAAAUCCUCUUCAUUUCUAUCAUCCACAUUCAAUAACAAUCAUAAUAGAAUAGAUUCAAAUCAAUCUAUUUCAUAUAAUCAUUUCAAUGAUAUACAUCGAAUGAAUUCAUUAUUAAAACGAUAUGAAGAAUUACCUAAUUCUAUAGAGAAUUCAGUGUUACAACAUAAUUGUCAAAUUAAUAAUUGUAGAACAAAUUGUCUCUAUGAAAAUACUCCUUCUGAAUGUUCUACACUUCAAAUGAAUGAUAAAAUCAAUAAUAAUAAUAAUAAUAAUAAUAAUAAUAAUAAUAAUAAUAAUAAUAAUAAUAAUAAUGUAAACAAAAUACAAGAAGGUAAACAAAUCAAUUCAAGGUUAUCAAAAGGAAAGCUGGAAUUAAAAUUUCUACUUAAUCAAGAUAAUGCCAAUCAAGACAUUUCAAAAUAUGGUAAAGUAGCUAAAACAAUCAUCACUAAAACUGGUAUACAAAAAUUAUUUGUUAUUCGUGGACGUGUUAUUGAUACACGAAUACAAUUUCAUUAUUAUACAUUAAAAAAUAAUAUAUCAACAACAAUAAUUAAUUACCAUGGUGAUAAUGAUAAUCAUUAUAAUGAAGAAGAUAUUGAUUUAAUGAAAAGCCAUAAAUUUAAAUUAAGAUUUAAACCAUUUACAAUAUUUGGUGGAAUAUGUACACCGGCUAUUGGUUAUAAUGAUCCAAUGCAAAUUCCAAAUAUAUUAUCAAAACAAGAACAAUUAUGUUUUAUACAAGCUGUCCAAAAUGAUAAUAAUGUUACAUAUAAACUAAUGAAUGAUGGUUAUUUAGUAAUGGAUAUAGAUUUUAAUAAUUUCUGUGAUAUUUAUCAUUUAGUAUUUCCUUUUCUUAAUUCUAAAUGUCCAAGUACAUGGAAAAAAGAUGUACAUAUUUCAGUUACAUUAAUUGAUGAAAAUGAUAAAGAACUAAGUAGCACUGAAUUCGAAGUUGUCAGUUGUGCCAGUCCUAUACGUGAUGCGCGUCGUUAUCAACAACGUCAACGUAUUGCAGAACUGGAAUUCGCAGAGAAGAAUUUGCUCAAAACUACUGUUAGUGCUGAUAGUUUAUUUGAAUGGGAUCAUCAGACAAGUCAAUCGGUUUCACAAUCCACAUCAAAACUCAGCAUUUCUGAUAUCAGCCCCAAUUCGUCUGGUUUUGGUAGUCUUUAUUCUCCACUACCAUCGAUCACAUCUGAAGAAGAUCAUUUCAACGAAUUACAACUUUACUUGGCUCGAAAUGAGGCAUCCACUCCAUCGCAACAUAUAUCUCCAUCUGUAACUACAGAUUCUAUUGCCAUUGGCACUACUAACAAUAAUAAUAGUAGUAUAAGUGAUGUGGAUAAUCAAAAGUCCGAUAUUUUAUCACCGUCGACGUCUAAUGAUGAAUUAAUUGACUUGUCUAGUUGGGAUCGGUUGGAGAAAUUGAAACAAAAACGUUUGAUUAAUAAUUCGACCAAUUCACGUACCAUUGAACGAAAUCCACAAAACCUGUUCAAACACUCGACUGAACAAAUGAGCUCAAAGAUAAUAAGUUCAAAAUAUGCAAGGAAACGACAAGUUAAAGAAAUCGAUAAUGGUUCAUGUGAUGAACAGGAGUAUGUGAUAAAAACAAAAAGUCGACGCAUUUAUCGAAUUCUCAGUCUUCUCAAUCGAGAAUUAUCAAGACAUUUAUGA